AUGCAAUGUCGGCGAAACUUGACUCCGUGGAAAUCAAAGUUGGUGCGGCUGAAGGUUCUCAGCGAGUGGCACAAGGCCAGCCGACGACAGUUUGCACAUCAGGCGCGUGUGGAACGUAAGUUGGCAAGCGCAGAAGGGACACCCUCCCGUGUUAUUGGCGACGAUGUUGGCAGGACCCCUGCCAGGCCGGAUGAUCGUCACAACAGCUUGCUGGCGGAGGCAUUGAAGGACCCGCCGCGUUCAUCACCACGGCUUCCUCCAAGAUCUCCUUUGUUGAAAGCAAUGGACUCUCCGAUCACGUCCGUGGUACGGUCUCAUUCGAGCAAAAGAAUGGUUCUCAUGCAGCUGGCUCUUCUGCCCAUGAGUUUCGCCAGAGCGAAGGCGAGAGCUACUGCAGCAAGAUCGCCACUGCUCAAGGCUGCGGCGACGUGCACACGAAGACGGGAUGUAGCUUCAGAGAUCAGACGAAUACUGGCAGCAACAUCGCCCGAGGAGAAGCUGCAAGUGGCUGCAAAUGCGGCU